AUGAGUGCUUGGAUCAAUAACAAAAACAUUACUUCUAUAGCUUAUGGCGUUGACGAAAACCAAGCCGGUACAAGAGAAGGUGGUGUGUCUCCCAAGUUUCCUGUCAUUGUGUUCAUACAUGGAGAAAGUUAUGAAUGGAAUUCAGGCAAUCCUUAUGAUGGAAGUGUUUUAGCGAGCUAUGGACAACUUGUGGUGAUCACUAUCAACUAUAGGUUGGGAAUUUUAGGUUUCCUGAAUGCCAAUACUGACCCUUACAGCCGUUCACCGGCCAACUAUGGCUUGAUGGAUCAGAUCGCUGCACUGCAUUGGAUACAGGAAAAUGUUGCAUCCUUCGGUGGAGAUCCCACCAACGUAACUGUGGCAGGCCAUGGGACAGGUGCUGCUUGCGUUAACUUCUUAUUGACGUCUAGUGCAGUGCCAGAAGGUGUCCUUUUUCAUCGAGCGAUUCUCAUGUCAGGUUCUGCUCUCUCUCCCUGGGCUCUCAUCCAGGAACCUUCCAGGUAUGCCGCACAAGUUGCAAUCCAUGCAAACUGUUCCCCAGAACUGCCUCACCCCAAUUUACUGAAGUGCCUUCGUGAGAAACCCCUAGAAACUCUUCUUUCCACCCCCAUAACAGCACCAGAAUUCUCCUUCGCCUUUGGACCAAGUGUGGACGGAGUCGUAAUAGAUACAGGAGAACCACCAGGUGAAUCCUCCCAUCAUUCAGAAUUCGACAUGAGUAAACCAGAGAGAGUUGAACCACAGAAUGCCAUCAAUAUUUUGAACAGUGUUCUCCUACGAAAAACAGUGGUCUCUAAGCUGUCCAGGUAUGAUCUUCUGCUGGGAGUAGUUAAAGCAGAAGCUUACUUUGCCUUCAACGGAGAAGAUGUCCAAUAUGGCAUCGAGGCAGACAGGCGAUCAAAGAUCCUCAGGAAUUUCGUGAGAAACACCUACAGCUACCAUUUGUCGGAAAUCUUAGCAACUAUCGUCAACGAGUACACUGACUGGGAAAGACCUGUGCAACACCCUAUCAAUAUCCGAGACGAAACGCUAGAGGCUCUAUCCGAUGCUCAAUACGUGGCUCCAGUGGUUCACACUGCCGAUUUACAUUCUGCAGAACACAGAAAUUCCUAUCUCUAUGUCUUCGAUUAUCAGACAAAGUAUGGGGAUUAUCCUCAGCGACAAGGAUGCAUCCAUGGCGAAGAACUGGCGUACCUCUUUGGUGCGCCACUGGUCGGAGGCAUGGUCCAUUUCGGCAGAAACUACACAAAGUCGGAAGUUGUUCUUUCCGAAACUACCAUGAUCUAUUGGAGCAAUUUCGUCAGGACUGGAAAUCCGAACGAAUCUCCUGAUAGUGAUCACUCCACAAGACAAGAGAAGGCAAGGCUGAAAAACAUAGAAUGGACAGCAUAUGAAGCUGUUCAUAAAAAAUAUCUGAAUUUAGAUACUAAACCUAAACUCAAGAACCACUACCGUGCACAUCGCCUAUCGUUUUGGCUGAAUCUAGUACCAGACCUGCACAAACCAGGGGGAGAUGAUGUCCCCAUGUCUCACCACCAGCUCCUGGACAACGAUCCUCCGCUGCCUAGGCUACCAAACUUGAAUCCAAGGAAGCUACCCACCACCUUGAAUCCUCUAGAUGGAAGGACCACUCCACCAGCUGGCUCUAACAAUACCGUAGUACACAUCACUGCCACAACAGAUUCUGUUGAAAGGGUGGAGGAACUAGGUGGCAUGAGUACCACGCAACAUCCUAUAGAAGAUGGCUUUGCAGCCUAUUCUACCGCAUUAAGUGUUACGAUAGCAGUGGGUUGUAGUCUUCUGCUACUCAACAUCUUGAUAUUUGCUGGAGUCUACUAUCAGAGAGACAAAGCAAGAGAUCACAUGAUGGGUCAGCCGAAAAAGAGGAAUGAAAAUGGCCAGAUGCCCAAUAAUAUUUGUGGGGAUUUAGAGUCCAGCAUCAUUGGAGUGAAAGCGGACCCUGCCUCAAUACUGGCCCAUCAUCAUUCCCACCACCAUCAACUCCCGCCUCCGGAGUUUGCAGACCUCCCGCACAACAACGCAACUCUGCCAAGGCCGCCGCCGCCCCCGAAGGUCUCCAAGGCCAACGUGAACACCCUGUGUUCGAACCAGAUGGCUGAGAACCAGCCGCUCCUCUCCACCCACACCAUCCAGUUGAUAAACACUGGCACCCUCACGAAAAAGAACACUCAGUUGAACUCAAAGACGGACACGAGAAUGGAGGAGUUGAGGGUGUGACGUUAAAUUGUGCAAAAUAUGUGAUCGCAAUACCUUUGACUGUUGCUCAAACAAUUUUUCUAUUUUUUACUUCAACCGUUAGCCUGGGGGACGACUCAAGGACUAAACAAACGAUCGACGUAUAACUACCUAGAUCAUCAGAACCUUCUACAAACAUGUUAUGUACAUUGGGAUGUGUUAGGAAAUUAUAUGUUGAAUUUUUCUACCUUACGAAUUGGAAGAUCUAUACAGAACCUAACCUUACCUAACCUAACCUAAGCUAACCUAACCUAACCUGACCUGACCUACCUAUUACUCAUCCAAUUUUCACAAUGGACUUCAAAAUUCAAUCAAAUUAUCGUAUAUAUCUGCAGGUUGAAAUGAAGUUACCAUUGUAUUAAGAUACAAUGGUCCUUUCUAUUCAAUAGUAGGUACUAUUAAGAGGGAACACCUCCACGUGAUAUGUCAAUAUUUGUCCAGAAGAGAAACAAAAACAAUAUGCGGUUCUACCAGAAUGACUGAAUAAUCGAUAGAAGCUAGGCAUAUUACAAUAGUUCCAACUUUCGUCGGAAGGUUGUACCUAUAUUACGAAUCUUUGAAAAUUUUCAUAAAAUUGGACUUCUGCCUCUUUUGUAUUGAUUUUUUGGAGGAUUUUUUCUACGAAUAUUCUUAAAAUACAUCAGUGCUUUAAUGUAUAAGGGAUACCAUAUCAUCAAUUUUUUCGCGAAAAACGAAAAAAAUACCAAAUUUCAUUUUUGGUGUCCUAAUUUCAAUCUUCAGAUCUGAAAUAAUCCUCUUCAAGAGCAGACAAUGAACCUUGAAAACAAAAUUUGUCCAAAACAUUUACCAAAUAUAGAUCUUCCAAUUCAUUUUCAAAAAUUCCUAAUAUCUGAUUUGUAACAACGGAAUUGUAAAAAAUAUUAACUUUCAAAUUUAACGAGACUCAUCUAGAAAAUAUUAAAAUUUUUAAUGCGUUGUGAUUAAAAACACUGUCCAUUUAUGACCAAAUCAUACUGAAUUAUUCUUUUGAAUAUUAAUACUUCCUGAAUCAAUUAAUUAAGUAUUUAAAUUAUAUUAUUUUCGAUAACUUGAAGAAACAUCAAUUAUUGUUCGCCUGUUUGUUUCAAUUGCACAGAAGUUUUGUCUGUUUUGUCUUUCGAUUCAUUAUCAAUUAAAGGUGAUACUAGAAUAUGGAAAUAGCUAAUUAUUAUUAAAAGGAAAAUGGAUUCAGAUACGGGCAAAAUUUAUCAAAAAUCUAAUGUUCAUAAAUUGAUCCGAAAAUAUUUUGCAAAUCUAAAAUUAUUCCUCUUGUUUUUGUUCUUCCAGAAACGUUCAAAUACUUUCCAUUUCUUCGAUAAGUUUUUUUUCAAAUAAAUAUUAGAAAUUUGCAAAGAAUUCGAAUUAACCAACCUCAUAGAAACCAGAAAAAUAUUUUCAAUAAUACUAAUGAAUGAGGAGUAUAUGUGGAAUUUAUCACAAUUAAAAUGUUUUAGAUCUAUCUACGGAAACUAAUACAUUUGCAAUAAUGUACUCAUCUACCCAAAAUUGAUGUAUUGUUUCAAUUCUGAAAGGUGAUGGGAAAUUGUACAGCAUUGUUUUUUCAUUGUAAAAAAUUAGUUCAUCUAUUAAUAUGUUUUAUAUGAAUAUCAAAGAAGAAUGAAUGUUGUGUACAUAAAAUAAUUAAUUAGACUAAAGAAUGUUAAAUAAAUAAUUCCAAAAACUGA